AUGGUGAGCGCCUUGGCAGGGGUAAUGACCUCUGUCAUCGGCAAGCUCACCGCGCUGCUCGGGGAGGAGUAUGCAAAGCUGAAGGGUGUGCAUAGGGAGGUAGAGUUCAUGAAAGAUGAACUGAGCAGCAUGAACGCCCUCCUUCAGAGACCGGCAGAUGUGGACCGUGAUAUUGAUGUGCAGACCAAGGAAUGGAGGAACCAAGUCCGGGAGAUGUCUUAUGACAUCGAGGAUUGCAUUGACGACUUUAUGAAAAGCCUUGGCCAAACUGACAUGUCUAAGGCUGUAGGUCUUGUCCAAAGUGUGCUCCAGCAGCUCAACGCACUGAGGGCACGCCAUCAAAUCUCCAGCCAAAUCCAGGGACUUAAGGCGCGUGUUGAAGAUGCAAGCAAGCGACGUAUGAGGUAUAAGCUUGAUGAGCGCACCUUCGAGACUAGCACCUCAAGGGCCAUUGACCCUCGUUUACCUUCACUCUAUGCUGAACCGGAUGGGCUUGUCGGUAUUGACCAGCCAAGAGAUGAGCUCAUCAAGUGCCUAAUGGAGGGUGUGGGUGCAUCAGUGCAGCGGCUAAAGGUCAUAUCCAUUGUGGGUUUUGGAGGUCUCGGUAAAACUACCCUUGCGAAUGAGGUGUACUGUAAACUGGAAGGCCAGUUCCAGUGUCGAGCUUUUGUUUCAUUGUCACAGCAACCAGAUGUGAAUAAGAUCUUAAGAAAUAUACUCUCUCAAGUUUGCCCACAAGAGUUUCCUAGCACAGAUAUAUGGGACGAGGGAAAGCUCAUUGACGCAAUCAGAGAUGUUUUAAAGAACAAGAGGUACUUAGUCGUCAUUGAUGAUAUAUGGAGUACUCAAGCUUGGAGGAUUAUCAAAUGUUCCUUGUGUGUGAAUGAUCUGGGAAGCAGAAUAAUCACGACAACACGUAGUAUUGAUAUAGCCAAGUCAUGUUGCUCUCCUCACCAUGAUCGUGUCUAUGAAAUAAUGCCUCUUACAACAGCUAAGUCUAAGAGUUUAUUUUUCAAACGAAUAUUUGGCUCGGGAGAUAUAUGUCCUCCUCGACUGGAGGAGGUCUCGUCGGAAAUAUUGAAAAAAUGUGGUGGUUCUCCAUUAGCGAUUCUUACAAUAGCAGGCUUAUUGGCUAAUAAAGGUAGUACAAAUGAAGAAUGGGAGUCGGUGUAUAAUUCAAUCGGUUCGACAUUGGAGAAGGAUCCUGGUGUAGAAGAGAUGAGAAGGAUAUUAUCUUUUAGCUAUGAUGAUCUUCCCCACCAUUUGAAGACAUGUUUGCUGUAUCUAAGUGUAUUUCCGGAGGAUUAUGAGAUUGAGAAGGAUCGAUUGAUAAGGAGGUGGAUCGCUGAAGGAUUCAUUAAUACUGAUGGUGGGCAAGAUUUGGAGGAGGUAGGAGAGUGCUAUUUUAAUGAUCUUAUUAAUAGGAGCAUGCUUCAGCCAGUGAAAAUCCAAUAUGACGGUCGAGUCGAUUCAUGCCGAGUCCAUGAUAUGAUUCUUGAUCUCCUUACAUCUAAGUCAACUGAAGAAAACUUUGCCACCUUCUUUGGUGACCAAAAACAGAAAUUCAUGCUUCAGCAUAAGAUCCGCAGGCUAUCCCUCAAUUAUUAUUCCCAAGAGCACAUCAUGGUUCCAUCAACAGCAAUCAUUUCUCAUUGUCGAUCACUCAGUAUUGUUGGGUAUGCUGAAAAGAUGCCUUCACUUUCGAAGUUUCUAUUUCUGCGAGUAUUUGAUAUUGAAAAUGGCGAGGAGAUGGAGAGCAAUUGCUUUGAACAUGUGAGGAAGCUGUUUCAGUUGAAGUAUUUACGACUCAAUGUUAGAAGCAUUUCUGCACUCCCUGAACAAUUAGGAGAACUACAGCAUUUGAGGACUCUGGAUAUGGGGUGUACGAAGAUAAGGAAAAUGCCCAAAAGCAUUGUUCAGCUGCAACAUUUAACAUGUUUGCGUGUCAGUAAUCUGGAAUUACCCGAAGGAAUUGGGAAUCUGCAAGCCCUGCAGGAGCUAUCAGACAUCAAAGUCAACUGGGACAGCCUGGCAUCUUGUUUGUUGGAGCUGGGCAAUCUGACUAAACUGAGGAUUCUUGGGCUAUGCUGGUGCCUUGUUGAUGUGCACAGCAAUAAAGAAAUUUUAAUGGAUAACUUGGUCUCAUCGCUCUGCAGGCUGGGAAGACUCAACCUUCGAUCCCUGAGUAUUCAAAGCAACUACAGAUAUUCGCGCAUAGAUUUCUUGUUGGAUUCUUGGUUCCCUUCCCCUUAUCUCCUCCAGAAGUUUCAGAUGGGCAUGUUCUAUUUCUUCCCCAGAGUGCCAGCUUGGGUUGCAUCACUUAACAAGCUCACCUACCUGGAUAUCAAUAUUGAUCCAGUAGAAGAGGGUGCACUGGAGAUCCUUGGAGAUUUGCCUGCUUUGCUGUUUCUAUGGUUGACAUCAAGAUCAGCUGCUCCUGAGCAAAGGCUCAUCGUAAGUAGCGACAUGUUCAUAAGCCUAAAGGAGUUCUACUUCACCUGUUGGAGCAAUGGGGAAGGCCUGAUGUUUGAAUCUGGGGCCAUGCCAGGGCUUGAGAAGCUGCGGCUUCCGUUUGAUGCAGGCAGUGGUCUUGAUUUUGGCAUCCAGCACCUCUCUUCCCUCAGGCAUCUUGCUGUUGAGAUCAUUUGCAUCGGCGCGACGGUUCGGGAUGUGGAGGCGUUGGAGGAGGCCAUCAGGAACACGGCGGAUCUCCUUCCGUACCACCCCACACUGGAAAUACGAACGUGGGAUGACGAACAUAUUGUGAAGGAGGAGCAAGGCAAUGCCGAAGAGGAGAUCCAGGCAAGCGGCUGA